GCAGUCGCUGGCCGACGCUGAACGUGAACGAUUUGAAACAGCAGUGCACUGUGAGCAUAAUACGUGUUCGCGUGCAAAAUAUUCGGUGUCAAAGUUAAACAUUUACGUGAGAUAGCCAGCAACCAGCAGCCCAGGCAGCGAAUGCAAUAGACACACACACACACACACCAACAGCUGCUAGAGAGGAGGAGGAGCAAGUGAAGGCGCGCGUAGUGCAUUUGCCAAGUUCAAAAUCAACGCCUGACAAUGACAAAGCGCUUAGCUGGGCGGCCAACUGCAGUCGGAGCAGAAGGAGCAGCAACGUGGCGCCCCUCAACAGCAGCAGCAGCAACAGCAAUCAAAACAGCAGCAACAACAACAACAUUGCCAGCGACAGCAGCAGCAGCAGCAGCAGCAACAACAACAACUGCAAUAGCAACAGCAACAAUCAAUGAAAACUGCAUGUUAUGGCGACAGUGGACAACAAUGCGGAUGAGUCGGAGUCGCGCGCCACUGCACGCCUCGUUGCCAGCAGUGGCAUGUGGCAUGUCCUGGCUGCUGCUCGGACUCUGCCUGCUCAGCUGCCUCUGCUGCUACACAGCUGCCUUGGAGGAAGACUGCGUGGACUUUCAGGGCAACAAGGUGAACCACGGCAUGCUCUAUGUGCCCGGACCCGGCGUCUGUAGUCUGUGCGUUUGCUAUCACUCCGAGCCGCUUUGGUGCAAGGCCAUCUACUGUGAUCCGCCCUAUUUUUGCAAAAACUUCCGAGUGGGCGAACGUUGCUGCGAGUUCGAGUGCCUGGAUCCGCCCGGCGAAGAUAAGCUCUACCAGGAACGGAUGCGCAAACGAGCCGAGAUCUUGGCUGGCAACAGCACCGCCUCACAUGUCCAGCUGACACCGUUGGCCGUCUCCACCAUAAUGCUGAGCUACCUGGGCAAUAGUUUUCUCAACUUAUAACUUGAAGCUAAAUAGCUAGCGCGACAUUAUGUCAGUCUAGGUUUAAACUAGAGGCAAAACUUGAUUAUUUAAUGGGAAUGUUUCGUUUUUGUUACCUGCCCCAAGUCCCAAAUCCAACCUAGUGCAUACUUAUUGCAAUGUAAUAACAACUAAGAACAAUUUAUAUAUAUACUACACCUAGAGAUGUAUGCAAAAGAUAUAAAAGAGAUUUUUAUGAAAAACGUAGGUUUUCAAACUUAUAUAUGUGUAUGAUGUGUAUGUCCCAUGUCCCUAGUCUUAUGUAGGUACAAUAAUGAUUGAAACAAUAUAUACUAUAAUAGCAGCCGAACUUAAGAUUAAUUAAAUGUGAUCAUAACAACUAAAAACCAAAUCACGCUCAUCAAGCGGAUCGACAAACACCAAAAAAAAAAAACAAACAAUUCUCACAAACUAGACUAAGU